GUACUACUAUGUAAAUUUUUGACUUUAUGCUCAUUAUGAAUAUGCAUCCCAUAAUCAAUCAUUUUUUAUGGUAGUCUUCAUCUCCCAUUCCCCUCCUAUUAAUAACUACUAGUACUUACAUGAUUUCAACAUUUCAAUUUUCACCCAAAAAAAAAAAAGAACAGAAAGUGUAGGAGAAAAUGUACUAGAAGGGAAAGGAAAAAACAGAGAGCUUGCUGGAGAUUUUCAAUACGGACAAGCAAUGUUUGUGAAAAGGAUUCCCAGUACAGGAAAGCAUUUACAACGAUGCUGCAAUGUGAAAACAAAAGGGUCCCUGAUUGGUUACUGACGGCAGCAUUUGUAAGUAAACCAACCUUAUUACCUUAGUCACUAUCCUCUCAAACCAUUCCCAAACGCACCCUUUUGGUGUCCUCUCUCUUCACGUGCUCAUCAUCGACUUAUCAUGUGAAUCCCCCAAAACCUCCUUUUCCCUACCCCCUCCUUCUUCACAUUGUGUACUCACACCAUAAGUGCACUAAUCAAAGUAAUCAUCUAAAGUUCUAAACUUGCCUGUACUGUGUACUGUGAGUGAGAAGUGUUAAUUCUGCCCCCUAUUCUGAUUGUUGUUUAGUUGGUUCUUAUUUCGAUUGGCCCUACAAAAAAUUGAACUUAACUUAUUUGCUUUAUGCUUGAACUGAGAGAACCCAUUUGAGUUUUUCUCUUAGAAAAGCUGAUGGGGAGUCUGAGAGAUUGAGUUGGUGUAAGAACUGAGCUGGGUUGAGUUUAUAAAGAGAGUUGGUGCGGAAAGGUUGUGUCUUUUUGCGUUGUUGGUCUAUGUGAGCAUAGAAAUUAUGGGCUGUUUUCAGUCCAAAACUGCGAAUGUUCAGUCCCCUGACCAGGAAGCUCCUCAGCCAGAAUCUAAACCAGAUCUUAAUGAUAAUGGGGACCAAGUGGAUGAAGAUCAAGUUCCUGUAUUUAAGGAGUUCGGCCUAGCAGAGCUCCGAGCUGCCACAAAUGGAUUUAGUAGUGAAUUGAUAGUCUCUGAGAGUGGAGAGAAAGCUCCCAAUGUUGUUUACCGAGGAAAGCUUAGGAGCAACCGGCUUGUCGCCAUCAAGCGCUUUUCUAGGCUGUCUUGGCCUGAUCCCCAGCAAUUUGUGGCUGAAGCUGCUGGUGUCGGCAAGGUUCGACACAAGAGAUUGGUGAAUCUUAUAGGAUGCUGUGCCGAGGGAGAUGAGCGUUUGUUGGUUGCGGAGUAUAUGCCAAAUGAUACACUAUCAAAGCAUCUUUUCCACUGGGACAAACAACCUCUUCCAUGGGAAAUGCGAGUUAGAGUUGCAUACCAUAUUGCCCAAGCUCUUGACCAUUGCAACGUUGAAAACAGAAAACUUUAUCAUGAUUUGAAUGCUUACAGGGUCCUUUUCGAUGAGGAAGGCGAUCCUAGGCUGUCAAGUUUUGGUCUAAUGAAAAACAGCAGAGACGGAAAGAGUUAUAGCACCAACCUGGCGUAUACACCACCUGAGUUCUUGCGCACAGGUAGGGUCAUUGCGGAAAGUGUAAUAUAUAGCUAUGGAACUGUUUUGUUGGACCUUUUGAGUGGAAAGCAUAUUCCUCCAAGCCAUGCAUUAGAUUUGAUUAGGGGAAAGAAUGUUUUGUUGCUCAUGGAUUCAUCAUUGGAAGGACAAUAUGCCAAUGAAGAUGCUACCGCAUUGGUGGAACUUGCUUCUAAGUGUCUUCAGUACGAGGCUAGAGAUCGACCUGACAUCAAGUUUCUACUGUCUGCAGUGGCUCCACUUCAGAAACAGAAGGAUGUUGCUUCUCAUGUUUUGAUGGGUCUGACAAAAACUCCAGUUGUGCUGCCUACUCUUCUUUCUCCUCUUGGAAAGGCUUGUGCAAGGAUGGAUCUCACAGCAGUACAUGAUAUCCUGCUUAAAACAGGUUAUAAAGAUGAAGAGGGUGCAGAAAAUGAGCUCUCUUUCCAAGAAUGGACUCAACAAGUGCAAGACAUGUUGAACACAAAGAAAUUUGGUGAUAUUGCUUUUAGGGACAAGGACUUUAAGAGUGCUAUUGACUAUUACUCAAAGUUGGUGUCAAUGAUGCCGGCUCCUUCCGGUACUGUCUUUGUGAGGCGAGCGAUUUCCUACCUGAUGAUUGGGCAGCCCGAGCUUGCUCUAAGGGAUGCUAUGCAGGCACAAGUUUGCUUACCUGAGUGGCCUACUGCAUUCUACAUGCAGGCUCUUGCCUUGUCUAAGCUUGGAAUGGAAACUGAUGCCCAAGACAUGCUGAAUGAUGGUGCCUCCUUCGAAGCUAAGAAGCAAAACAGUUGGCGCAUCUAGAUUAUGUCAUUAUGAUUAGAUUUCAUCUAGACCAUAGUUUACCGGCAUUGUGAUUAGGAUCGGGAUUUCGUGUUCAUUCAGAGACCAGAUCAGCAUUUCCUCCGGUUGGAUGCUCCAAUCCGGUGAGGAUAACCUUAACAAUGAAAACUUGCUUCUCUGUUGUACGGAAAAAAAAAGGUCUACAGAAAUGUAUAAAUCGGUAACGAUGUUGAAAAAUCUUAAACUUGAUUAGUAGUUACUGACCCUUGCGAUUCUGCAUCGUGCUGUGUUGCUAAUCCAUGUCUGUUGAGAAAUGUUGGUAUGUUAUGAGCCUGCCAGAUGAAACCAUCAUCAGUUCGGGAUAAUUAUUAUACCCUGUAUUUUUUACCCCUUAGCCUCAAGUGAUUGAAAUAAAUAUUAGUAGGUGGAACUUGAAUAUCUUAAACAAAUAGUGGGAAUAUUCUUAAAUAAAUAGUGGAUCAAACGUCUAGAAUUUAUUCGCAUUAGGGAUAGGUCAUAAAAAUCAUUAUAUCAUGAAAUUUGUCUGUGUGUUUAUCACUUAGGC